ACGAUUCUUUGCUACCCCUUUCACAAAUCUGAGAUUAUAGCAUAGAUGGCGCGAAUACCAUACCACCCUCGACAUUUACGAGUCCGAGGGUAUGACUAGCGUUGGGAUUGGGGGGUGGUGAGUGUAACUAGCAACAAAUGGGCGGUCGGGGGCGUGACAACAACCGUGAAAAGAACUUGAGGAUGACAGUUAUGGGUUACAAAGGCAAGGAUUGAAUCAAAUAAAUAAGCGCGCAAGGUUCUCGUCUCGUCAUGUCAGGGGUCGGAUUGGAUCCAGGGGUUGAAUGGGAUUCGAUUGAACGGGUUACAUGGCCUGUGUGUCGGUUUUGGUGUUGGUGUGGGCGGGGGUGGUAACCUUACCACGUCCACAUCCACGUCCACGUCCAUGUCAAGUUUGCAUGUGGCUGCAGGUAAUUCUUCAUUUCAUGCCGUUGUUUCAUUGCCUGUCCUCCUGCCCUUUACAUAAUCACAAUAAAUAAAUGAAGGAAUGAAGCGGCGAAUGGCGAAUCUAUUAGCAUAACAUCGCAUAAGACGUGUCCUGCUCGGGCUCUGGCUGUGGCUCUCAGAGUUUCCAAAUCCGAAUCCGAAUCAGUUGCAGUGGAGUCGCUGAGGCGUGAUGAACGUGUGGAAGGCAAAGGUGCUCACGGAGGUGCCCUUCGGGCAUGUGCUCGUCGUCAGUGGACGCGUCAAGCCACAUCCCAAUAAAAUCUCUCUGGACCUCACGGACAAUGUAAACGCGCAGAACGAGAGCGAGACGGUCUUCCUGAAGAUCGAGGCCAACUUCCGGGAGGGCCAGAUCAUCCGGAGCAUGUUUCAGCCCGGCGAGGGAUGGCAGCAGGAGGAGAUCUCCAAGAACUGGAAAAGCGACGGUCCCAAGAACCCCCUGAUACCCGGCCAGAGUUUCACCUUCCGCGUGGCCGUACUCCAGCGCUGCUUCGAGAUCUACGUGAACGAUCAGCUGUAUGGAUCCUUCGAGUUCGUCAAGUUCCCCAAGCAAAUCAACUAUGUGCGAGCCUAUGGCGACUUCGAGAAGAUCACACAGUUCCACCACCGCAUGCUGUUUCCCCUGGUCUUCCCGCGCACCCUCAUGUGCCCCGACCGCAUCGCCUUCCAGAGCGACGUGCCCCGCCGCUACGAGACGGGCACCGUCGUUGCCAUGGAGUGCAUCGCCAAGGGUCCGCCCACCACGGAAUUCUCCAUCUGUUUCCAAUGCAACGACACCGGACGCACCGUGCUCCGCUUUCAGGUGAACUUUGACAGAACGACCGUCUCCCGGAGCUACCAGCGCGAGGACAACAGCUUUGCCAGCGACGACGAGGAGACCGAGGGCGAGUUUCCAUUUGUGCGGGGCAAGCUCUUCAAGAUCGCCUUUGGGCUCGGGGAUCGCGCAUUCCUGAUCGCCGUCAAUGGACAGUACUUUACGUACUACAACUUCCCGGUGCGCCCCUUCUCGAUAUCCACCCUCAAGUGCUUCACCAAUGACGUGGGCGACUUUGCCGUCAGGAGCCUGGAGUACCACUCCGAUUCCCCGUUACUGGCCCGCGUGGAGAAGCUAUCCAUCAUUUAAUGGAAGGAUCGGUUCGGAUCGGAUCUUUGUUCAAUCGUUGGCUUUGAUAUUCCUGUAGAGCACCAGUUAACCUUCUUCUUGUGAGCAUUCAAAUAAAGCAAAGUCAACAAUC